AGAAACAACCCUUGCAGGUUUCAUCCAUCCAGGAAUUCUGUUGAGCCCACCAGGAAUUAACCUUGGCUGUAAUUAGGUCCUGAGAGCAAUGACCCUUUCGGGGCAUGUCCAGAGCCUUCUCUGUUUAGACACCUUGUGUGGGUGGAACUUCCUGUUUACACAGAAAGCUGCAUAAAGCCUGGAGGCUCUGAGGCGUGUCUGGGAUCAGAGCAAUUGCAGGGAGUGGGGUUCAGUCCGCCUGCGCUCCUUGCAGCAUGGGGAAGAACAAACUCCUGCAUCCUGGCUUUCUUCUCUUCCUGCUGGUUCUCCUGCCUGAAGAUGCAUUCAUCGCUGGAAAACCGCAGUACAUGGUGCUGGUCCCCUCCCUGCUCCACACUGGGACCCCUGAGAAAGGCUGUGUCCUGCUAAGCCACCUAAAUGAGACAGUGACUGUGAGUGCCACAUUGGAAUCUCUCAGGGAGAACAAGAGCCUCUUCAGUGACCUGGUAGUGGAGAAAGACACAUUCCACUGCGUUUCCUUCGUGAUUCCACUCUCUUCCACUCAUGAGGAGGUAAUGUACCUCACUACCGAAGUGAAAGGACCAACCCAAGAAUUCAAGAAGCGGAAAACAGUGUUGGUUAAAAACCAUGAGAGUCUGGUCUUUGUCCAGACAGACAAGCCCAUCUACAAACCAGGACAAAAAGUGAAGUUUCGUGUGGUUGUAUUGGAUGAAGAUUUUCACCCUCUGGAUGAGUCGAUUCCACUAGUACACAUUGAGGAUCCCAAGAGAAAUCGCAUCUCACAAUGGCAGAAUCUCAAGUUAGAGAAUGGCCUCACGCAACUGACCUUUCCUCUUUCAUCAGAGCCCUUCCAGGGCACCUAUAAAGUGGUGGUACAGAAGCCGAUGGGUGGAAAGAUAGAACACAGCUUCACCGUGGAGGAGUUUGUGCUCCCCAAGUUUGAAGUGCAAGUAAAAGUUCCAAAGGUAAUCACUAUCUUGGAAGAAGAGGUGAACAUCUCAGUGUGUGGCUUAUACACAUAUGGAAAGCCCGUCCCUGGACAUGUGACCGUGAGCAUGUGCAGAAAGUAUAGCAGCCCUUCUGACUGCUACGGUGUAGAGUCCGAGGCUGUCUGUGAGAGAUUCAGUCACAAGCUCGACAACCAAGGUUGCUUCUCCCAGCAAGUAAAAACCAAGAUCUUCCAGAUGAGGCGACAGGGGUAUGACAUGAAACUCGAAGUGGAGGCCAAGAUUCAAGAGGAAGGAACAGAGGUGGAAAUUACUGGGAAAGGGUCUAUUGAAAUUACCAGGACUGUGACCACACUCUCAUUUGUGAAAGCGGAUCCCUACUUCAGACAAGGAAUCCCCUUCUUUGGGCAGGUGCGCCUUGUGGAUGAGAAAGGUGACCCCAUGCCAAAUAAGCUCAUCUUUAUCACAGCCAGUGAAGCCAACUAUAACUCCAAUGCGACAACAGAUGAGCAUGGCCUGGUGCAGUUCUCCAUCAAUACCACCAACGUUGUGGGUUCUUCCCUUUCCAUCAGGGUAAGACAUAAGGACCACAAUGGCUGUUACGGCUUCCAGUGGCUGACGGAAGACAAUGAAGAAGCCUUCCACACCGCGAAUCACGUAUUCUCUCUGAGCAAGAGCUUUGUCCACCUUGAGCCCGUAGCUGGCGACCUCCCUUGUGGCCAAACUCAGACAGUCCAGGCACAUUAUAUUCUGAAUGGGCAGGUCCUGCAGGAGCAGAAAGAGCUUACGUUCUAUUAUUUGAUCAUGGCAAAGGGAGGCAUUGUCAAAUCUGGGACUCACGUAUUGCCUGUGGAGCAGGGAGACAUGACCGGCCAUUUUCCUGUGUCGUUCCUUGUGGAACCAGACAUCGCUCCCAUAGCGCGAUUGCUCAUAUACACCAUUUUUCCUGAUGGGGAAGUGAUUGGGGAUUCUGCAAAAUAUGAGGUUGAAAAUUGUUUGGCCAACAAGGUGAGCUUGAGCUUCCGCCCACCACAAGGUCUUCCAGCCUCCCAGGCCCACCUGGAGGUCACGGCUUCUCCUCAGUCCCUCUGCGCCCUCCGAGCCGUGGACCAGAGCGUUCUGCUCAUGAAGCCUGAGGCCGAGCUUUCCCCAGCCACGAUUUAUAAACUACUACCAGUAAAAGACCUCAAUAGUUUCCCUGAGGGUUUGAAUCAACAGGAAGAAGACAGCGAAAAUUGUAUUGAUCAGCAGAAUGUCUAUAUUAAUGGUAUCAUGUACUCUCCAGUAUCAAAUACAUUUGAAAAAGAUAUGUAUGGCUUCCUACAGGAUAUGGGUUUAAAAGUAUUCACCAAUUCGGAGAUUCAUAGACCCCAAGUUUGUUCACAGCCUCUGCCUCAGUACUAUCUCGUUCAGGAAUCUCAAAGGCUAAUGGCUUCUCCAGUGACAGCUGAGUUUCGGAGAGGUUCCAUGAUGAAUGUUGGACAACGCCUUCCGGAGCUUCCCAAAGAGACAGUGCGAAAGUAUUUUCCCGAGACAUGGAUCUGGGACUUGGUGAUGGUAGAUGCAUCAGGAGCAGCUGAAAUGGAAGUAACAGUGCCUGACACCAUCACCGAGUGGAAGGCAGGGGCCCUCUGCCUGUCCCAGGACACCGGGCUGGGUCUCUCCCUUCCCGCCUCUCUCCGAGCCUUCCAGCCCUUCUUUGUGGAGCUGACGAUGCCCUACUCUGUGAUCCGGGGAGAGGCCUUCACCCUCAAGGCCACUGUCCUGAACUACCUUUCCAAAUGCAUCCGGGUCAGUGUGCAGCUGGAGCCCUCCCCUGCAUUCCUCGCUGUCCCGAAGGAGAAGGAACAAGACACCUACUGCAUCUGUGCGAACGGCCGGCAAACCGUGUCCUGGGCGGUCACCCCAAAGUCAUUAGGAAGUGUGAAUUUCACGGUGAGUGCCGAGGCCGUCAAGUCUGGACAACCUUGUGGGACUGAAGAGACCGUGGUCCCCGAACAUGGGAAAAAGGACACCGUCAUCAAGCCCCUGCUGGUGGAGCCUGAAGGACUGGAGAGAGAAACAACAUUCAACUCCCUGCUCUGUGCAUCAGGUGCCGAAGUAUCUGAAAAAUUGGCUCUGAAAUUGCCACAAAAUGUAGUUGAUGAAUCUGCUAGAGCCUCAUUUUCAGUUUUGGGAGAUAUUCUGGGCUCUGCCAUGAGGAACACACAAAAUCUCCUCAAAAUGCCCUAUGGCUGUGGAGAACAGAAUAUGGUCCUCUUUGCUCCGAACAUCUAUGUUUUGAAUUAUCUAAAUGAAACCCAGCAGCUGACUCCAGAGGUCAAGUCCAAGGCCGUUGGCUACCUCAAUACUGGUUACCAGAGACAACUGAACUACAAGCACUAUGAUGGCUCCUAUAGUGCUUUCGGCGAGCAGUACGGUGGCGGCAAGGGUAAUACUUGGCUCACGGCCUUUGUGCUCAAGACUUUUGCCCAGGCUGAAACUUACAUCUACAUCGACAAAGCACACAUCAACCAAGCCCUCACCUGGCUGUCCCAGAAGCAGAAAGACAAUGGCUGUUUCAAGAGCUCUGGGUCACUGUUCAACAAUGCCAUGAAGGGAGGAGUAGAGGAUGAAGUGACUCUCUCUGCCUAUAUCACCAUUGCCCUGCUGGAGGUUCCUCUUCCUGUCACUCACCCUAUUGUCCGCAAUGCUCUGUUCUGCCUGGAAUCCGCCUGGAAGUCAGCUAAGGAGGGCGCCCAUGGAAGCCAUGUCUACACCAAGGCACUGCUGGCCUAUGCAUUUGCCUUGGCAGGUAACCAGGAGAAGAGGAAGGAAAUUCUCACAUCACUUGACACGGAAGCUGUAAAGGCAGAUAAUUCCAUCCACUGGGAGCGACCUCAGAAACAGAAACCCAAGGCACCAGUGGAUCAAUUUUACCAACCCCAGGCUCCCUCGGCCGAGGUGGAGAUGACGUCCUACGUGCUCCUGGCUUACCUCACAGCCCAGCCUGCCCCGACCUCAGAGGAGCUGUCGACUGCCACCCACAUUGUGAGGUGGAUCACAAAGCAACAGAAUUCACAGGGGGGCUUCUCCUCCACCCAGGACACAGUUGUCGCUCUUCAGGCUCUGUCCAAGUAUGGCACUGCCACUUUCACCAGGACUGCGAAAGCUGCACAAGUGUCCAUUCAGUCUUCGGAGGCAUUCUCCACAAAGUUCCAAGUGGAUAACAACAACCGCCUGUUGCUACAGCAGAUCCCAUUGCCAAAGGUGCCUGGAGAAUACAGCAUGGCUGUGACAGGAGAAAGAUGUGUCUAUCUCCAGACAUCUUUAAAAUACAAUGUUCUCCCAGAAAAGGAAGUCUAUCCGUUUGAUUUGGAGGUCCACACUCUGCCCCAGACCUGUGAUGGACCCAAAGCCCAUACUAGCUUCCAGAUAUCACUCAAUGUCAGUUACACAGGCAGCCGUCCUGCCUCCAACAUGGCGAUCGCUGAUGUGAAGAUGGUCUCUGGCUUCAUCCCCCUGAAGCCAACAGUGAAAAUGCUUGAAAGAUCUAAUCAUGUGAGCCGAACCGAAAUCAGCAACAACCAUGUUCUGAUUUACCUGGAUAAGGUGACUAAUGAGACUGUAAGCUUUUCCUUCACGGUUGUGCAAGACAUUCCUGUCAGAGACCUGAAACCGGCCAUUGUGAAAGUCUAUGACUACUAUGAGACUGAUGAGUUUGCAGUUGCUGAGUACAGUGCUCCUUGCAGCAAAGAUCAUGGAAAUGCUUAAGGGACACGCCAAUGAAAACAGUUCCGCUGGAGUCCCUGUGCCACAAACUCAGAACUCCAUAGAAGAGGAGAGUUUUUGUAUCUCUGAAUUUUUCAUGAAUAAAUUGUUUUUUGAUUAAUCUCUA